AUGAGGGGAUUGUUUUGGACGCAAGGUUGUCAGAGCGAGUCUUCACAAAUUGUUAAGAGCAUAUCUCUCAAAUGUCUUCUAGCUUUCUUUGAGGCUUUGAAAGAUGCACUCCUCAAUGUGGUUGACGAGUCGGGAUCUGUAGGUGCUUGGUUUCGAUUGCUACUUCUUCCUCGUUACACUUUACAGGUGGUCCAACCUCAUAAUAGGCAGGAUUGUAGAUUUGGAAAUAGGAAAACCUUGCAACAACAUCAUAUUCUGGAGUGCUUAACUACUUGGAGGGAUGCAUAUGGUCUUGUUAAGUUAGUUGAUAGUGUGUUCGGUAGCCCUGAGCAAGAGAAGUUGGGCCAUGAGGAAGUUCAUAUUGACAAGAGAUAUGCAAAGGUGAGCUCUAACGUCAAGCAAUGCCUUCGUAAGGUUGCAGAUAGUCAUUUCACAGCAGUUGUGGAGGUGUUGGGUUCCUCUGUUAUUGCCCCUUAUAAUGCACACAUACUAUGA